AUGAUUGCACUCAGGCAAGCAGCUUACUUCACUUGCUUGUUUGCUACAGUUUCCUGUGGAUGCUUGACUCAACUAUAUAGCAACACCUUCUUCAGAGGUGGGGAUGUAUCUGCCAUGUACACCCCAGAUGCCCAGUACUGUCAGAUGAUGUGCACCUUCCAUCCGAGGUGCUUGCUAUUUAGCUUUCUUCCUGAAAAUUCAACCAGUGAUGCAGACAAAAGGUUUGGUUGCUUCUUGAAGGACAGUGUUACAGGAACCCUGCCGAGAGUGUCACGGACAGGUGCAAUUUCGGGACAUUCCUUAAAGCGAUGUGGUCAUCAAAUUAGUGCUUGCCACCAAAGCAUUUAUAAAGGAAUUGAUAUGAGAGGAGUCAAUUUCAAUGUAUCUAAGGUGAAAAGUGCUGAAGAAUGCCAAGAAAGGUGCACCAACAACAUUCACUGCCAGUUUUUCACAUAUGCCACAAAAACCUUCUUCAAUGCAGAGUACCGGAACAACUGCCUAUUAAAACACAGCCCACAGGGGACACCUGUGCGUAUAAAGGUGCUGACUGACGUGGAGUCGGGAUUCUCGCUGAAGGCGUGUGGAAACUCGAAAAUUGGCUGCCGCAUGGACAUUUUCCAACAUCGUGCAUUUUCAGAUGUGGAUGUUGCCAGAAUUAUCACACCAGAUGCUUUUGUGUGUCGAACCAUCUGUACCUAUCACCCCGGCUGCCUUUUCUUUACAUUCUAUACAAAUGCAUGGAAGAAUGACUCACAGAGAAAUGUUUGUUUCCUUAAGACUUCCCAAAGUGGGAGCCCGAGUUCCCCUACUCCUCAGGAAAAUGCCAUCUCUGGAUACAGCCUUUUAACCUGCAAACAAACUCUGCCUGAGCCCUGCCACUCCAAAAUUUACCCGCAAGUUGCUUUUGAAGGAGAAGAGCUGCAUGUGACCUUCGUUAAAGGAGUGGAUGAUUGCCAAGAGACUUGUACAAAGAUGAUACGCUGUCAGUUUUUUACUUAUUCUUUAUUCCCAGAAGACUGUAGAGGAGAAAAGUGUAAGUGUUCCUUACGCUUGUCUUUGGAUGGCUCCCCAACUAACAUUACUUAUGGGACACAAGCAAGCUCUGGUUAUUCUCUGAGGUUGUGUAAACGUGGGGACAGCCGUGUCUGUACAGCAAAAAGGACACGCAUUGUUGGAGGAACAGAUGCUUCUUGGGGGGAGUGGCCCUGGCAGGUCAGCCUGCAAGUGAAGCUGAGAGCUCAGAGCCACCUGUGUGGAGGAUCAAUCAUUGGACGCCAGUGGGUCUUAACUGCUGCCCAUUGUUUCGACGGGCUUCUCUUGUCAAAUAUUUGGCGCAUUUAUGGUGGCAUUUUAAAUCUGUCAGAGAUAACGACAGAGACAUCUUUCUCACAAAUCAAAGAGAUCAUUGUCCACCCAAAUUAUAAAGUCUCAGAAGGCAGUCAUGACAUUGCCAUAAUAAAACUUGAGGCUCCUUUGAAUUUUACUGAUUUGCAAAAAGCAAUAUGCCUACCUUCCAAAGAUGAUACAAAACCUGUUUACACUGACUGUUGGAUAACUGGAUGGGGCUUCACAGAGGAAAAAGGUAAAAUCCAAAAUACCCUACAAAAGGCAAAUAUUCCUUUGAUAUCAAAUGAAGAAUGCCAGAAAAGUUACAGAGAUUAUAAAAUAACCAAACAGAUGAUCUGUGCUGGCUAUAAAGAAGGAGGAAAAGAUGCUUGCAAGGGUGAUUCAGGCGGUCCCUUGGUUUGUCAACACGAAGAAACAUGGCAUUUGGUGGGCAUCACUAGUUGGGGUGAAGGCUGUGCCCGCAGGGAACAACCAGGAGUCUACACCAAAGUUGCUGAGUACGUGGACUGGAUUUUAGAGAAAACCCAGGACAGCCAUGACCAGCCUUUGAGGAAGUAG